CGCCCGCCGUACCUCAGCGCCCCCCCUCCUCUCCUCUCAGCCAAUCGGCGGCCGCCGCGAGCGGCGCGAGCGCUUCCCGCGCGCGGGAACUACUCAAUGGAACCGGUGGGCAGCGCGUGGGGCGGGGGGCGUGGCCGGAAGCGGAAACGGGCGGCGUCACGUGACACGAGAAGGCGGAGCCGCCGUGAGGGGAGGGCGGAAGUGACGUCACGGCGCGGGAGCGAGGAGCGGCGGGAGGAAGACCCGGGAGCUCCGUGACGUCAUUUCCCCCGGGGGCCGUGUGACGUCAUGCCGACCGUGCUGGGCCUGGAGGGCUCCGCCAACAAGGUGGGCGCGGGGGUCGUGCGGGACGGCGCCGUCCUGAGCAACCGCCGCGCCACCUACGUCACCCCGCCGGGACACGGGUUCGCCCCCGGCCCCACCGGGCGGCACCACCGCGAGCGGCUCCUCGACCUGGUCGGGGCCGCGCUCCGGGACGCGGGAGUGGGGCCGGCCGAGCUCGAUGGGGUGGCCUUCACCAAAGGUCCGGGCAUGGGUGCCCCGCUGGCCGUGGUGGCCACGGUGGCCCGCACGCUGGCCCAGCUGUGGGCGCUGCCCCUGCUCGCCGUCAACCACUGCGUGGGGCACAUCGAGAUGGGGCGGCUGCUCGGGGCCGCCCCCGACCCCGCCGUGCUCUACGUCAGCGGCGGAAACACGCAGGUGAUCUCGUACUCGCGGCGCCGGUACCGGAUCCUGGGGGAGACCCUGGACGUGGCCGUGGGAAACUGCAUCGACCGCCUGGCCCGGCUGCUGCAGAUCCCCAACGACCCCAGCCCCGGGUACAACGUGGAGCAGUUGGCCAAGAGGGGCCGCCGGCUGGUCCCGCUGCCCUACGUGGUGAAGGGUCUCGACGUGUCCUUCUCGGGGCUCCUUUCUCACCUCCAGGCGGUGACCCCAAAGCUGUUGGAGUCGGGGGAGGCGACGCCGGAGGACCUUUGCUUCUCCCUGCAGGAGACGGUGUUUGCGAUGCUGAGCGAGGUCACCGAGCGCGCCCUGGCCCUGACCCGCGCCCGGCACCUCCUGCUCGUGGGCGGCGUGGCCUGUAACCAUCGGCUCCAGGAGAUGCUCCAGACCAUGUGCAGGGCCCGGGGGGCGGAGCUCUGCCCCACUGACGACAGGUACUGCAUCGACAACGGCGCCAUGAUCGCCCAGGCCGGGUGGGAGAUGCUGCGGGCGGGGCAGGUGACCGAGCUCAGCCAAUCGGGGAUCACCCAGAGGUACCGCACGGACGAGGUGGAGGUGACCUGGAGGGACUGAGGGGCAAUGAAGGCGGAGCCGUCGCGCCACGAGGAUCCCGACUUCGUAAAAGCGCCUUUAGUUGUAUUUUUGAAUGGAAUUUCUCCUUCUAAAACUUGUUUUCGCGUUUUUAUAUAGUUGUUCGUUGGUCUUAAUCAGUUUUUGGGGGUGUUUUUUGCUUAUUGGAGGUUUUUUAUCUCAGGAGUUUUACCCACAGUUUCCCCCCCACCCAUUUGUCCACCUUCCCCCUUUGAAAGUCACCUGAAACGUACAGUAAAAUUAUAGAUCUGUAAACUUUU